ACGUCCAAAACAGAAUUCGAGAAUGAGAAGUAAAAGAGAAAAAACGUAGUUGAGUUACCUGUGGUUGCCACUGCCGCUGCGUAUUAGGUUUUGGUGUGCGUGAGUGUUCGGGUGUGUGGUAUGGUUCAUGUUUCUUAACUUGUGUUUUGGACUAGUUCAUCUAAGUUACUCAUAUUAGUGCGAUAAGAGUAACAAUAGCCGAAUAGGUUUGAUUUUGUUACACAUUUUAAAUGUUCAAAUAGGUCAAAGAAUUAACUUGCUCGAUACAUUUGUGUCGAUUUAUUUGUUAUUGAGUUUGAAUAUAAUAAUAUAAGUAUCCCUAAGUUAUCAUAGCUGAAGUGGCUCAUUAAAAUGUUCAGUUCUUUAAAAUUCGGUGGACAACAAAUUUGUCAACUUGUCAAGACAAGUGACCGUUGUGUUUAUUCCAUUGCAUCUUUACACUCAAACAAUUUUCAUUUCAAUGCUCAUAGAACAACUACCGAGAAAAGUUUACCUCGUCGACUAAACCUUUAUAAAUCAGGAGAUUCGGUUUUAAAAGAAAACCUUUCAUCUUCUUUGUUAAGAAGGCAUUCAACAAAUGGCCGCAAUGGGAACCUAGCGUCAGUGACUCCAGCUGCCAUAGGUAAAGCUGUCAGUAAAGAUGAGCGCCGGGAGUUCAUGGCAGUGUUUCCUGACAUAGUGAGAGACUUGACGGAAACUCACCGUCAGACUGAAAUUCCUGAUGUCACAAAAUGGUAUUCAAAGGUGAGUUGACCCUUAUUAAAGUUA